CAGCCGCGGCGCUCCCCCCCCACCGCGCCAGCCCGGGCACCGGGAUGAGGGCCGAGGGCGACGGCGGGCUGGAGCGCUUCUGCAGCCCGGGCAAGGGCCGGGGUCUGCGGGCCCUGCAGCCCUUCCAGGUGGGGGACCUGCUCUUCUCCUGCCCGGCCUACGCCUACGUGCUCACGGUCAGCGAGCGCGGCAACCACUGCGAGUUCUGCUUCGCCAGGAAAGAAGGCUUGUCCAAAUGUGGAAGAUGCAAGCAGGCAUUUUACUGCAAUGUGGAGUGUCAGAGAGAAGAUUGGCCCAUGCACAAGCUGGAAUGUUCUCCCAUGGUUGUUUUUGGGGAAAACUGGAAUCCCUCCGAGACUGUAAGGUUGACAGCAAGGAUUCUGGCCAAACAGAAAAUCCACCCAGAGAGAACACCUUCAGAGAAAUUGUUAGCCGUGAAGGAGUUUGAGUCACAUCUGGAUAAAUUAGACAAUGAGAAGAGGGAUUUGAUUCAGAGUGACAUAGCUGCUCUCCAUCACUUUUACUCCAAGCACCUUGAGUUCCCCGACAACGAUAGCCUAGUAGUGCUCUUUGCCCAGGUUAACUGUAAUGGCUUCACAAUCGAAGAUGAAGAACUUUCUCAUUUGGGAUCAGCAAUAUUUCCUGAUGUUGCACUGAUGAAUCAUAGUUGUUGCCCCAAUGUCAUUGUGACCUACAAGGGGACCCUGGCCGAAGUCAGAGCUGUGCAGGAAAUCCACCCGGGCGAGGAGGUUUUUACCAGCUACAUUGACCUCCUGUACCCAACGGAAGAUAGGAAUGACCGGUUAAGAGAUUCUUAUUUCUUCACCUGUGAAUGCCAGGAGUGUACCACCAAAGACAAGGAUAAGGCCAAGGUGGAAAUUCGGAAGCUGAACGACCCCCCGAAGGCAGAAACCAUCCGCGACAUGGUCAGAUACGCACGCAAUGUCAUUGAGGAGUUCCGGCGAGCCAAGCACUACAAAUCCCCUAGUGAGCUGCUGGAGAUCUGCGAGCUCAGCCAGGAGAAGAUGAGCUGCGUGUUCGAGGACACUAACGUGUACAUGCUGCACAUGAUGUACCAGGCCAUGGGCGUCUGCUUGUACAUGCAGGACUGGGAGGGAGCCCUGCGGUACGGGCAGAAAAUCAUCCAGCCCUACAGUAAGCACUACCCUCUGUACUCCCUCAAUGUGGCCUCCAUGUGGCUGAAGCUAGGAAGACUGUACAUGGGCCUGGAGAACAAAGCGGCUGGGGAGAGAGCCCUGAAGAAGGCCAUCGCCAUCAUGGAAGUAGCUCAUGGCAAAGACCAUCCGUACAUUUCUGAGAUCAAACAGGAAAUUGAAAGCCACUGAAACUAUGCCGACAUUUUAGUUUUUAUUUAAAUCCUAGUGCAGAAACCUUCAAGGAGUUGACUAUUUCAGAUCAUUGACGUCACGCCAGCAUUUCUGUAAACUCACUGAAUGAAAACAUGACUUGCACUUAAACCUUGCACAUGGACAUUGAUCUUAAUCUUUGACCUAAAAUAUCAAAUUCAGUUUUGAAUUCUUCCCCCCCCCACCACCCCAAGAGAUAAUGGCAUGGUUUCAUAUAUUAUACUUUGGACAGAUUGUGUCCGAAGAUUUAAAACUGUAGUUAUUUUUCCCUUCACGACUACUGUAAUGUCCUGAGCAAACAUGAAUGAUGAAAGAGAAUAAAAAACAUAAUAGGA